AUGCCGCAGCGUGACGACUCCUUUCGUGGCCGAUCGGAUGCCCACGCUCCGCCUUCCUCUGUAGGGGCGACGCGAGAGGCGCGUACCCGUUCACGCUCGCCGCCAUCACGGGGUGGCGGUGGUUUAUCCUACCGUGGCUCGUACCACCGCCGCUCACCUAGCCGAUCUCCACCUCCUCGAUCCCGCGAUGCUCCACGCCGUCGUCCUGACGACUGGGCUGAUCGCUCUCGUGAUGAGCGUGGUGCGCGUACAUGGGAUCACGGCGAAGAGCGGCCUUCGUACCGUCGUGAGUACGCGUACGAACGACCACGCCCUGCGCCGUACUAUCUAGACGACCAUCGCGAGCAGCGCCGCGAUGGAUGGGACCGGCGGAAUGACAAUGGCCGUUACCGUUACCGUGAUCGCGACUCGUACCGACCACGUUAUGACCACCGGCACGACCGUCGUGAUGACCGCGACCGUCGUGAGGAGCCACGUGGACCUUCGUUGCAGGUUGCGCCGCCGCCGACGGUGCCUGUGCGUCAGGCGCAUAGCGUACCGGUAAAGGUCCGCACGGGCUCGCGGCCUGGUGCCAUCGCACGGAAGGCGCGGCCGAAGCCUGUGCCGCUGCUGCAGCGUACGUUUGCGGGCUGCAGCAGUGUCGAGGCGUACGAACUGACAGUCAAGCUGGGGCAGGGCACGUUUGGUGAAGUCAAACAGGGCAAGCAGCUCUCUACGGGGCGCAGUGUCGCUUUGAAGAAGGUUACAAUCUAUGACGUGAAAGAUGGGCUGCCGAUCACGGCGCUACGUGAGAUCAAGCUCUUGAAACUGUUGCAACAUCCUCACAUUGUGCCUGUGAUUGACAUGGCGUACAAGCCCCCGACUGAGCGCGGCAAGGCGGGCGAGGUGUAUAUGGUCGAGCCGUACAUGGACCAUGACCUCAAUGGCCUUCUGGACAAUCCCAGUGUCCACCUGCCUAUGAACCAAAUCAAGCUGUAUAUGCGUGAGCUGCUAGAAGGUAUGAUGUACCUGCACAAGAACCAUAUCAUGCAUCGUGAUAUGAAGGCGGCCAACCUACUGAUUGACAACCAAGGCCAGCUCCAAAUUGCCGAUUUUGGUCUGGCGCGGCCGUUCCACGACGUCCAGAACGAGGCGUGGCGUGCACGUGGUUGGAAGAGCACCCACAAUUACACGGAAAUGGUGGUAACGCGUUGGUACCGACCGCCAGAACUGCUCGCUGGCCAGCGCAACUAUGGCCCUGCCAUUGAUAUGUGGGGUGUCGGAUGCAUUUUGGCUGAGAUGCUUCUGCGCAAGCCCCUGUUCAAGGGCUCCUCGGAAAUCAAUCAGUUGGAACUGAUUGCAGCGCUGUGUGGCUCGCCCAACGAUGACAAUUUCCCUGGAUGGUCGUCGCUCCCUGGCGUCAAGAAUGCCACGCCGUCCGGGCGUCCGGAUACCAACCCCAAUGUUCGUGGACGUCAUGACUUUGGACGGUAUCCACGUGUACUGCGCCAUCACUUUACGACGGUCGUGGACUGCGGCCGCGAAUGUGCUGAUCUGUUGGAUCGAUUGCUGGUCCUGGACCCUGCUAGGCGUCUCACGGCCGCUGAAGCACUUCAGCACGAAUGGUUUUGGACGAAGCCGUACCCAGCCGACCCAGCGUCGCUACCUACGUACCUGCCUUCGAAGGAAAUCGAUCGGAAUCGUCGCGACCGCAAAGCAGCGCCGCCACCAGGGAUGCCUGCGCAUAUCCGGCCGCCAGCGGGUUUCCGACCCCCGGGCAUGCAGCCUGGCGCGCCCAUCUUCCGGCCGCCUGGUGGUCCAGUGAUAGUCCCACCUGGCCAAGCGCCGCCGCCUUCGGGCGCCUAUCCACCUAUGCCACGCCUCCCUGCGCCAGGGCCCACCGCAGGUGGCUAUGGACGGCCCAAAGAAUACGGCUGGUACAAUCCAGGCGCGCCACGCCAAACAGGCCCCCCUGGCCCGCCCAAGCCGUAUCCGUAG